UAACUCAACCAAUACAACGCAAGACACCAACCAAAAUUCGAAAUAAUUUCACUUCAUUACAAUUCCAAUUCCAAUUCCAAUUCAUCAAAAAAUGGAUUUGAGGCUAGUGGGUUUGGACUCCCCAAUCUUCCACACUCUCCAGCACAUGAUGGAUGUGGCUGCCGCAGCCGAAGCUUCCGCCGACGCAGCUUCCACUGACAAGUCGGUGAACGCAGCGUCGCGCAACUACGUCCGCGACGCCAAGGCCAUGGCGGCGACACCUGCGGACGUGAAGGAGUACCCGAACUCGUACGUGUUCAUCAUCGACAUGCCCGGGCUGACGUCAGGGGACAUCAAGGUUCAGGUGGAGGACGACAAUCUGCUUGUGAUCAGCGGAGAGAGGAAGCGUGAGGAGGAGAAAGAUGGGGCUAAGUAUUUGAGGAUGGAGAGGAGGGUUGGGAAGUUGAUGAGGAAGUUUUUGUUGCCUGAGAAUGCUAAUACUGAUCAGAUCUCUGCUGUUUGUCAGGACGGUGUGCUCACUGUGACCGUGGAGAAGUUGCCUCCUCCUCAGCCCAAGAAGCCCAAGACAAUCGAGGUCAAGAUCGCUUGAAAAUUCAGGGUCAUGAGUUUAAUUCCCGAGUGUUUGUGGUUUUUUUCUCUUUUCUUUUGUGCUUCUUCUUAUCUUAUGUUAGGCCGUUUGUGUUUUGGGAUCAACCCCAAGCUUUCAUAUGCUGUUUGUUUAUAAUGGGUGAUGAUCGUGCAGUGAGUCGGUAACUAUGCUUUUGUUGAUGAUGGAAUAUUAAAAUUAUGCUAUUAUCUAUUAGGAACUUGCCUUUAUCUUCU